GUGACGCGUCUCGCCACAACUUGGUUCGACGCGUCUGCGACGUGCCACAACCACCGGUGUCAAGUGCAACUCAACCUCAAAACCAUCACACGUUCACUGCAGCUAUGUCCGCUGAGGAUGAACAGAGCGGUUGGCAGCUGACGGAGUCCGACCCAGGGGUCUUUACGGAGCUACUGAAGACACUCGGCGUCCCACUUGUCGUCGAUGACUUGUAUUCACUCGACCCCGCAUCGCUCUUCGAAAUGCAGCCGCUUCAUGCAUUCAUUUUCCUUUUCAAGUGGGUCGGUUCAUCAGCGGAACCCACUGCUGGGCAGUACGACCCCGACUUCCCGGGCUUCUUCGCGCACCAGGUGGUCAAUAACGCGUGUGCCACGCUCGCAGUCAUGAACGCCUUAGGAAAUAUCCCUGGGCUUCCCAUGGGGUCUCCGCUCUCCGACCUCAUCAGCUUCACGGCAGGGAUGGACCCUCAGACGCGCGGCAUGGCUAUCACCAGCUCGGAUUGGCUGCGAGAGGCGCACAACGCGCUUUCCCCUCCCUCCGCAAUUUCGUUGGAUGGUCUGGGCCUCCCAAAAACUACGGAAGAUGCGUAUCACUUCAUUGUAUACAUGCCGUAUAUGGGCUGUGUGUACGAAUUUGACGGGCUCAAACAACAUCCGGUAAACCAUGGUCCCUUCUCCGAAAGCGGGGAAGGAUGGGUGGCCAAAGCAAGAGAGGUCAUUGAAGCACGGAUAGCAACAUAUCCCGCAGGCGCGCUUGAGUUCAGUCUCCUGUCGUUGCGCGAGGACCCCGUACCACGGUUGCAAGCGCAACUUGCCGAGCUUCAAGCCUCAGGAAGACAAUCGGAAGCUAGUGAACUAAUCGUCCGACUGUCCACAGAGAACUCCAAGAGGGAACGGUGGAAUUUUGAAAACAGUCUCAGGCGGCACAAUUAUGUCGGCUUCGUUCACGCCCUGCUUGUGGCGCUCGCGAAGUCGGGGAGGCUGGAAACCGCAAAAGAAGGCGCCAAAAAGGCCAUGCGCGAGCGUGCCGAGAAGCGGAAUGAACGAGGAGAAGCGUCUAUGGAGGAAGACUGAGGUUGUUGAUGAUCUCUGCUUCACGACUCGAAUGGGACUUAUCGAGUUAGUCAAUAUACUAUAUCUGUUGUCGUAUGUCUGCAGACUCGGAUUGGCUCGACCGAUGUAUACUGCGCAUGUAUUGAAGCUGACGAAUGGGUGGCACUCCGAUCAAACUCAGCGGCACCAGGUGGCAGGCCGCAACGACAAUUUCAAUGGGAGGGAGGUUAUAGACGCGGAGAUAAUGCGGGACAAUGUUCCUAUGCACACUUCCG